AAACUGCUCGACUCACACUUGUUCUUCUCAGUCUCAAUCCUCUGCCGAUUCCUUCCAAAUCUUGAAAACCCUACGAAACCAAACGCAGAAUCUCUCAUCUUCCAACAAUGGCUACUUUAGAUGAAAGUCCUGCUGCAAAGAGGUGGCUUCCUCUUGAAGCUAAUCCCGAUGUCAUGAACCAGUUCCUAUGGGGGCUUGGUCUUCCGGAGACUGAAGCAGAAUGCUACGAUGUUUAUGGAUUUGAUCAAGAACUUUUAGAAAUGGUUCCAAAGCCUGUAUUGGCCGUGCUAUUCCUUUAUCCUAUAACCUCACAGAGUGAAGAAGAGAGAAUGCUACAGGCAAAUGAAAUGAAGGAACCUCAUGGUAAAGUUUACUUUAUGAAACAAACUGUGGGAAAUGCUUGUGGAACAGUUGGACUUCUGCAUGCUGUUGCAAAUAUCACUUCAGAGAUCAAGCUUCAUGAUGGGUCAUUUUUAGAUAAGUUUUUCAAAUCUACUGCGAGCUUGGGUCCAUUAGAGCGAGCACGAUAUCUUGAGAAUGACAGAGAAAUGGAAGUUGCUCAUUCCAUAGCAGCGACUGCUGGUGAGACAGAGGCUUCUGAUAAUGUGAAUACUCAUUUUAUCUGCUUCACAUGUGUGGAUGGUACAUUCUUUGUUGGUUCUCUAUCUCUGUGUGUGGGUUUUAUAGUAUCAAAAUGUGUUCUGUACGAGCUUGACGGAAGAAAGACAGGACCAAUCUCUCAUGGUGCAUCUUCCCCAAGCACUCUUUUGCAGGAUGCUGCUAAAGUCAUACUAGGCAUGAUACAGAAAAAUCCCGACUCACUCGACUUUAAUGUCAUUGCCCUUUCGAAGAAAUCUCGUUGAAGUUGCUACUGCGAGAUCAUCCGAGCCCCAUAUGGACGGUUUAAAAUUUUAGUGAUGUAACUGUGCUCAAGGGAUGUCGUUUUCGUUUAGGUCACUCUGUGCUUCAAGUAUUUCCAGUUAUUUUGUGGGCUAAAUACUGGAGUGUUUAUUAUCCUCAGGCUCAUGGUUUUGUUGACAUGAUACAAUUGUCAUUUUGUUUGUUGCUUUAGAUGGUAGUAGGUACACAACUCAUCUUAGGGGCAUGUUUGGCCCAGAGAGAGAAAUAAGGUAACUGUGUUAGAAAGUUCUCGUUUAGCUUAAAUUGAAGAGAUUUUUUUUAGCAAAAUGGCAGCGAUACAAUGUUCUCAAUGAUCGAAAGCACCUCACAUAUGUUGACUUGCUUUCUUUACAAGCAUA